AUGUCUGACAGAGAAAACAUAAAACUCCUUGAAGUUCGUCUACAAACUUCAGAUUCAAAACUAAAAACUCUGAAUUCCAGGACUUUCAACAGGUUCUUUCUGAUUCAAGUCACAGGUGGGACCUUGCUAAAAUGCAUUCUGUACAUUGAGGGUAGAAGGGACAAUCUCAGAAGGGAGUCCAACCAGAAUUACCCAGUUCAGAGUCCUGCUAAAUUAAAUUCUGAGCCCAUUUUGCAGGCCCCGGCAACACGCGUGCGCGACCUGCUGUCAAAUGCGCUGACAGAAGCAGGGGAGAAAAACGGCGGGAGCAACACGGCGCGGGAUAGCGAGAUGCGGGAGUUCACUCGCAGACUCUUCCGCGGACGCCCGGACCUCAGCGCGCUCACGCACUCCAUCGUGCGGCAGCGGUUCUUGGCUCAUGUGGGUCGCGGGGAUGACCGGGGUGCCAGGGGGCGAGGCCUUUCGAAAAAGGUGAAGAGGGCCCCCGCCUCCCCUUCCAGCGAUUCAGAGAGAAAAAGGCCCCGUUUCAAUUCAGAGUCAGAACUCAGCUCUGCAGCCUCCAGCUCAGACUCCUUCAACUCUCCAGCAGCCCAGCCAAGAAGGGUCCAAAGCAAACAUCAAAGAAAUCAACAAACAAGAGCAGGGAUGAAGAGGCGUCGCAGAGGGACCAGACUGCAAAGAUGGGGUCAGAGGAGGGAGUGGACGAGAGCAGUGAGGAGGAAGAGGAGGCAGGCUCUGCCAGAAAGAUCAGGAAGGAAGGAGUUAGCCUCUCACAUAUGCGGCCAAAGCAGGACAUAUAGGAUUCAGUAUGAAGGGAAGGGAAAAUUGUCCUAUAUAAAAACAAAAGAUUACUUCCGACCUUCUUCAAACACGCCAGGGAUCCUUCGCCACCGGCUAGUCCCGGGAGACAGGACCCGCGUGACAUGA